CUGAGAAUGCUGAGACAGAACAUGACCAGAGGGAUCAUCCCACUCCACGUUCGUUCUUUUGGUUACAUCCAUGGAACACUUAGCGCAACUCCAAAUUUCGGAAGCAUUGUGGUUAUUAUUCCACUCAGAAAAUGUUGAACAUGUUUGUUAGUAGGCUACAGGAUGGAUCACUGUCAUUGGGAUACGAUGAUAACCAACUUUAGAGGAAUCUACCGCUGUUGAGGGGAAGUGUCCAUUAGCCGAGAUCUGUGUAAAAACAACUGGAUUGGGUUAACAUUUGGUCUCACAGCGGUUUUGAUUCGGUGUCCUUAUUUCAUGUGUUCGUUUUCAUUAAGAGCUUGACUCAAGAAGAGGUGGAACUCAGCGACCGCGGCACGUUGGACAAUGCGAACCCGAUUUCCAAGCGCUUCUGUUGCGCCCGCGAGAAAGCGAGCGGACCAUCUACAUGCAACGCUUCAUGGUCUGUUGCCACAAUGACAACACAUGGCGAUAUUCGGGGCUGUGCGCAUUAUCAAUGGUGACAUAGCCUAUCUGUCUGGUUUACGGAGAGUGUCUGUCUAUUAGUACCUCUAGAGCUCACGACUUCACAUUAGAGAAACACCGGGGGUUGCCAAGAUGUUUGCUUUGGAGGUGCUUUUUACUUCCUUAUCGGUGCUUAGUUGUGUUGUGGGCAGUUAUUCAUCCUGGGGAAAUCUUAACGCGAAACUACCGAAUCAUGUCAACAACGUGGACAAAACUUCAUCCCAACCGCACAUCAUUUUCGUCAUGGUCGACGAUCAGGGGUUCCGCGACGUGGGGUAUCACGGAUCAGAAAUCAAGACCCCGGCGAUAGACAGGCUUGCCGCCACUGGCGUGAAGUUGGAGAAUUAUUACGUGCAGCCGCUGUGCAGCCCCUCCCGGAGUCAACUUAUGACUGGCAGGUACCAGAUCCACACGGGGCUCCAGCACUCCGUGAUUCGGCCCACGCAGCCCAACUGCCUGCCCGUGGAGAACAUCACCAUGCCCCAGAAGCUGCGAGAGGCCGGCUACGCCACCCACAUGGUGGGCAAAUGGCACCUGGGCUUCUACAAGCGCGGCUGCAUGCCAACCCAGCGUGGCUUCGACACUUUCUUCGGCUCGUUGCUGGGCAGCGGUGACUACUACAGCCACUACAAGUGCGAUGGGCCCGGCAUGUGUGGUUACGACCUCCACGAGGGAGAGGAAGCAGCCUGGGAGCAGGACCGUGGGGACUACUCCACACUGAUGUUCACCCAGAAGGCCAUCCGCAUCUUGGCCACCCACGAUCCUCAGCGCAAGCCCCUCUUCCUGUACCUGGCCUACCAGGCGGUGCACUCGCCUCUCCAGGUGCCUGCGCGAUACGUGGAGCGCUACAAAUCCAUCCCCAACCUGCACCGCCGCAAGUACGCCGCCAUGGUCAGCUGCCUGGACGAGGCCAUGCACAACCUGACCAUGGCGCUCAAGCGCUAUGGCUACUACCACAACACGGUGAUGGUCUACUCUUCCGACAACGGCGGACAGCCCAUGGCCGGGGGCAGCAACUGGCCCUUGAGGGGCAGCAAAGGCACCCUGUGGGAAGGCGGGAUCCGGGCGGUGGGGUUUGUGCACAGCCCGCUGCUGAUGAAGAAGGGCACCCGCUGCAACGGCCUGGUGCAUAUCACCGACUGGUACCCGACGCUGGUGACCCUCGCCGGGGGCUCGCUGGGUGAAGGCCAGAACUUGGACGGCUUCGACGUGUGGGAGACCAUCAGCGAGGGCCGACCGUCGCCGCGCCGGGAGAUCCUGCACAACAUCGACCCGAUCUACAUCCGCGCCAAGAACGGCUCGUGGAAGGCCGGCUACGGGAUCUGGGACACGUCGGUGCAGGCAGCGCUGCGCGCGGGCCACUGGAAGCUGCUGACGGGCGUUCCGGGCUACGGCGACUGGAUACCGCCGCAGACCUUCUCCAGCGCGCUGCUGUCCAAGCGCUGGCAGAGCGAGCGUGUGCAGUCGGACCGCGGGCAGACGGUGUGGCUGUUUAACAUUAGCGCCGACCCGUAUGAGAGGCUGGACCUGAGCCGGCAGUAUCCGCACGUGGUUAAGAAGAUGCUAAUGAGGCUAGCGAGGUAUAAUCGGACCGCUGUGCCGGUACGCUACCCAGCUAAGGAUUACCGAUCGAACCCGCAAUAUAACGGAGGCGUGUGGGGCCCCUGGUUCCUGGACGAGGAAGACGAAGAGGAGGAGGAGGAGGAAGAGGACAACAAUAACGUGUUCAGUAAUCAUUUAGGCCAGACGAAGCGGAAAGGGAAAAUGUGGAGGAAAAGCAAGCUCCGGAGGAAGGGGUGAGAAAGGGCUGUUCUGUCAAAACGAGCUGCUUUGUCUGCUUUUGUUGUUGACAUAACCCAAAACCAAAACCCCUAUCCAACCCUAUCCACUGACCAAAGGACUGGCUUGAAGGUCAGCUCGAUGGCUCGGCCAUAUUGACAGGACACGGACAGGAUUAAUAGCAUCUCCAAGGGUUUUAUUUUUGCCCCUCCUCCUUUUUUCCCAGUGAAGUCUCAGAAUCUCAGGGAAUGAGACAGACUCUGUUGUCUCUGUUGCUAGUUUGGUCGCCUCCACUGAUGUUGAAUUUUUAAUCGACUUUUGUAUCACGUUUUCUACGUCGAUCGCCGACAAUGUUCCCCCUCCCGGGAGGAGGACAAAGUGAGCCACUUUAAACACUACUGUUUUUGCCCUCCCCGACAAACCUCAGACUGUGUGUUGUGGAUGGGCUGAGAUGACAUUAAGAGUUUAUUUGUUGUCUUUAUUUCGAUGCAUGCUUGAAUUUUAUUUCAGUGAAUCAGAGUCUUAAUGCAUUUCUUGUAUAGUUUAGAUAUUAUAGGCAACAAAGUAGAAUCUUAUUCAAGAUUUUUGGAACAGACGGAGCCAAACGUUUGGCUGGACUUAAAAGAGUUAUAUUCAAAUGACUUUUUAAAAGCUUGAAAAUGUUUUUUUAUCAGCCAUGGUGCAUUAAAGAUGUUGAAUUUUCAUGUUACUGUAAAACUCUGAGAGAAAUAAGUGUCCGAGUACCAAAAGACCUCAGAAGACAGCUCAGUGGACAAGAAUCUUUGAACCCACAUAUGUACAUGGAUGAUCUCUCUCUCUCUCUCUCUCUCUCUCUCUCUCUCUCUCUCUCUCU